CGCGAAAAGUUAACGACGGGGAAAAAUAAAGAGGCGUUAUGUUCACCUUCGCAGCAAUGUGCUGGAAUAUGAAGGGUUGAAAGGAACUGGUUGUAAUCUUGCCCUGCUGCCACCCACCCCAUCAUAUACACAUCUUCCAUUUUAUUUAUUACGUAUUAUGCCCAAAACUCAAGCUAACACUAUUGAUUCUGGCCAUUAUAGAAAUCCAACCAGAUGCUUUUUUAUGAUGCUGCCAGCUGUGAAACAUGGUUUUUCCUAAUUCACAAAAAGGUGAUUUGAUAGAAGAUGUAUGAUGGAAGAAAAUCUACAAUGGAAGGUCAGAAUAUUGUAGACAGUUCUUAUUGAGGAAAGUUUAUGUUUUUCCUUACGGAGUGCCAGCAUGUUUCCUGGAGUCCAGCCGUGUUUUCAGCUGUUAAGAAUUGGUUCAUCGAGUAGUGGACAUGGCCACAGCAGUGGUGUUUCAGACUCGGCCCGUGACCUCUAUACUUUCCGACCGGCACUUGCACACUCUGUAUUCCGCUUGGGCAGGGCAGUGGAGUUGUGUGAUGUAACCUUGGAGUCAACAACAGUGUCACGUGUUCAUGCUGAACUUCAUGUUGAAAGACAGACUGAUACUGCAGAAGAGGAGGGCUGGAAGGUCCAAGUGAAGGAUCGAAGCAGUUAUGGUACGUGGGUAAAUGAUGUCCGAAUUCAGCAAGGUGUUCUUCUAGAGAUAUUUGAUGGGGACACGCUAACAUUUGGUGGUCAAUCAGUGCGAGGAAGUCCUGAGUUUUACUUUCUUUUCCAGAAAGUUCAUGUUAGUCCUGAAGACUUUGAUGCCAUAACAGUUCCAAAAGCAAGCUCCUUUUCAUCUAACAUCAAAAACCGGAUCAGGACUAGUGUUGACUGCAAACCAGAGCCCAGUCUUGACAUAUCUAAGUUGUCCAUAAACAAAGCUACAGUCAUUCUAAACUCCAUUGGCAGCCUGAGCAAAAUAAAUGGGAGUUGUUGGUCCUUUCGGAGGGCCGAUAAAACCACUGAUCUAAACUCCGCUUCAUUUGAAGCUCUGGUGACCCCUUCAACCCCUCCUACUCUCCGUUGUGUUACCAGAGAAGGGAUAAAGUCUGUCUUGCCAUCAUCUAAGAGUCGCCGCAAAUCAGCCCACACUGUGCUUCUUGAGGAUGACAGUUUGGAUGAUCCUGUGGGAUGUAGAACUGAAAUAGAGGGUGCACGGAAAGCCAGGGGUGGAAAGAGACGCCGUCUUUACAAGUCAGAGUCCGACAUUGUGCAGCACACAUCCAAAAUAGAGUCAAGCACAAGGAUGCAAUUUGACACCAGACCUGUUAUGCCCAAGCAAAAUGGUGCAAUGUAUAACCAAACUAACAGUGGAAGGCUUAAUGGUCUUCCUUUUACCUCAAUUCAAAAGCAUGAUCUUGUUAACAUGAGCCACAACAAAAGUGUGGUGGGUUGCCGGCAGCAGAAAGCUUGCUCUCUAGCUUCCCGUGGCAGACGAAGGGCAAACAGCACUCCAUUAUGCACCCCGCUGGUGGUCGGAGGUGAAAACUACCAGCUGGCCUAUCCAGCAGUAAGAAUGCAAAAGGCAGAAAGAGGGAAGGCUGUAAGGCUCCAUACCUCUACCGGUAGGCGACGUGGCAGACCCAGGAAGCACCCACUGCCCCAGCCCUCUCUCCCUUCCCCCUCUUCAUCCUCAUCCUCCUCCAGCUCCUCCUCCUCAUCUUCAUCCUCCUCGUCCUCAGAGGAAGAUGAUGAGGAUGAAGAUAUUGGAGCAGUACAGGGUGUAGAACCAUGUGCUGCACCGCAUUGUUGUUUGCCGCAGCAAGACACUGUGCAAUGGGUGCAAUGUGACGACUGUGAUGCCUGGUAUCAUGUGGACUGCCUUCCUAGUCAGCGCUACAGAGCGUCCUUCCUGCAUGACCCCAAUGCUGAAUUCCACUGCGGCUGCUGCUAAAUUCAUCUAUUAAGUUUAUGAUCAAGGGGCAUAUUAGGGUAUGGGCUGGAGCUUUAGCGACUCUGUAUAAAGUUCGGACAUCAAGACAACUUCUAUACAAUGCAUCAACAAUCUGGACAGAAGAGAAAUGUAAAUAAAGUAUUUGCUAUGUGACUGUCUUUGCUAUCUUCCGAGCACAUCUUAACUCAGUUACUUGUACAGUAGCUAUACAGUAUUUCUGGGGCACUACUUAGAUUUGCAGGGCUUUAUUUUG